AUGCCUGCUCUCCUCCCUCGCGUGACAGCCGUCGCUGUCUUCUUCUCUUCCAUUGUGGCAGCAUUCUCCGGCAAUUUCGAACUGACCAACCUCAUCGCUUCAUCUCCAUUCCAAGCUGAUGCCAAAUCCAUAGAGAGUACCUAUCUUCAAUUCGACUUCUGCGACCAAGAUACGCCGGAAAUAGGCUCGACACACUGCUGCGUUGAAUGGGCCGUGGGUCUCAGUCCACCUGCCACCUCGAGCAACACCUGUGACAAUACCACCUUUGCAGUCCUCAUCACCUCCUGGACCGGUGUUCAGAGUUUUUCGUUCGAGUUGGCGCACACGUAUAUUGACAACAGUGUCGGGGAAGCGCCCUACAAUGUGCUCACGAAAUUCGCCGACGUGAACAUGACAUAUCCAACCGCCCAAUACUACGAGUGUGACUUGCCGCACGCCGAAUGCAAGAGCUGCGAUGGAGAGGUGAUUGUGGCCACCGUUUCCAAAGCCAUUGCUUGA